CGAUAUCACACCUAGCUUCACACGUAAACUUUGUUUUGAGGAAAUACUCGACAAGAGAGCCAAUUUUUGUAGCUUGAUCUUUGUUAUAGCCGAUUGGCAAAGCUACGCGAGAAACAUCUUCUUAUCAUUGGUGUGUAUUCACAGAGUCAGGUACGUGAAUUUCUGCACAAGCUUUCUAAUAUUGCGUCUAGUUCUUGAUAGUAUUUGCGAUUGGCCAUUUAGCUACCUGCUGGUUGGAACCAAAAGUUUUUCAAACCUUGCGCUUCGAAAUGAUUGAAAGAGCACAGGAACGAAGUUUCUGCCUCGUAAAGCAACGAAUUUAAAGCGCCCGAGGUCCAUUUGGAAAAACAUGUCGCUGCUAAUUGAUGCUAUAUGUAAACAGAUCAAAGAAACUAGAUCAUUAGAUACUUACUUAGAUCUAACUACUUAUUGUUUGCGGUUUGGCCUUUGAAAAAAUAGAGGGGCUAUGUUUAAUGUCACAACUUUAAAUUUUUUAAAGGAAAUUUUUUUUCUAAAGCCGAAAGAAAUAAAAAUAUUAUUUAAAUUUUACGAGAAACGCUUGCGUGACGCUUAGCAGCGUCAAGUUCAUCGUAGGAAAUUUUGGAGGUCGAUAACUGCAACGAUUUGUCUUUCUUUGAUUUUUUUUAAAUUCAAAAAUAAUUUUAACAAGCUAGUUUGCACUCUGAUGAUUUUUUGGUGGGGAAUGAAUAGGUCUUUUGGAUCGUCAGUCCGGAUUUGUCCAUCGAAGAAAAUUUACAUAUCAUACGAAUCCUUUUAAAGGCGAAUGAAGUCGGUGCUCAUAAAAAUAUCACUUUCUCACCCUACAAAUCUCCCCACAAUAAAUUAUUUUGUAAUACGUCAUGGAUUUCGAUAGGUUUUUGCCAUAGUAGCAAAUGUGCUCAGUUGUGUUAUGCUGAGGCGUGACUUGUUCACUCACCAGAAGGGUUUUAGCUCUCAGUCCGCGGCGCAUGAAAAACAGGGGGUCACAUAAACGAGCUGUUGUUUACUUCACAACUACAACCGCUCGUUUUCUCUCGCCCGCCUUGUACUUAGUCUGCACGGACUGAGGGCCUGGAGCCUGUAAUUCCAUAAGAGAGCCAGGAAGAAUCAUGUGACUUACUGUGACGUUGGUGUCGAUUUUUUCAUAGCAUUGCAGAUCACAUUAAAAGACGCCAUGAGUAACUUUGUUUGGUGGAGGAACAUGCUGGGUCAAAAGCUAACAGAUGAAGAAAUGAGAAACAUAAAGUACCCGGAAACAGAACUCUACACUCAUGUUACUUUCAAGACCAUUCAAGCUGGGGCGCUUCUUGGUAUGGUCAUUAUUGCUCCUGUAGUUCGCCUUGCUGCUGGCCCUCGCACUUUAGGGGCCGUUAAAGAGACAGCUCUUCGGUAUGGAAGAAAUGGAGCGAUCAUUGGGAUUCCUCUGGGACCUCUAAUGACUUUUGCAAAGGCUAACAGUGGUGCAGGCAUUGAUGAUGACGGAAUGUUUAAUCGUACAUAUAGAUUAAGGUAGAAAGAUUUUAAGAAUUUAUGUAUAUGCAUAGCCUCUUUUUUCGAGAUGUGUUGAAAUCAACCUAACCCUAUAACCCCUUAGAGCGACUAACAAAUCACUUAUCCUAGUGAUAUCGAUCACAGCCGAGUCAAAGACUUAAGUUAUAAUAAUGAUGUCAAUGAUUGCCGUGUAAAGAGGCUCUGGACUGUUAAACAAACUCUCUCAGUCAGUGCUGUAGGUAAUGUGCAGAGGAAAGCGUGUAGGGAUGUAAAGGAUUGAAAAGGGUGUGUUUUUUCCAGUUUUCUGAAAAUCAAGUUAUUUCUUGUCCUUCACAAUUUCCUGGCAUAUUUGCACGCAUAUACACAGUUCUCAGCUUUAAAGUGGAGCUGGACUUGCGAAGGAGACGAAGGGGGUAAAUAUCUUUGUACUUGUGUGUACCCGGUAGUCCAUUAAGUUUGCAGUCCUUUGUGCUUGUUGUUACCUGAUACUCCGUUAAGUUUGCAGUAGGUUUAAUUACAAGAAUGCUAAAAGAUGCAUUCUACUAUUUUGAUCCAGGUAUAACCGGAACCAAAUACGAGUAGAUCAAGCUUCCAUUCUUGGAUCCGUAGGAGGUGCAAGUGGGAACUUUUUGCUAGGGGGCUCAGCUGUGUCAGGUGCCGUGGUAGGCCUGGUUGGAGGAACCAUCGCUAUGGGUCUAUACAACACAGUUAAUGCCGAGAGGCAUAAAUGAACUUGAAACAUAGAUGCUUUUGUUUACGACGGGAAGGAAAAAUCAGCGCUGUAAGAGUUCAUGUUCAUUUUGACUGUAAUUUCAUUGACCGGGCUCAGUAACAUAUGAUUUGAGGUUUUUUAUCUUUUCGUGUUUAUCAGUAAUCCAUGUCAUUGAAGUAGAAUGUCUCAACAUUUGUAGAAGUACCGAUGCAAAAUUCUAUCAUAUCUGAGGUAUAUAAAGAUGAUCACGUUAAACUCGUCGUAAACUCAAGAAUGAUAGAAUUAGAAGUAGCGAAAAGAGGCUGAAAGCAAGCGUAUAACGAAUGAAACGAACGAAAUAUGAAACUGGACCGCUUUCUAUUUUUGUUUAUAAGCCGGAGAUAUAAGUUCAACAGUGUGCAACAACAAACGACUGUCAAAAAAUGCGUGUAUUCCAUUUUGGAAAUUGCUCGUGGGGAGAAAAAAAAGAUUUAUUUUUCCGUCGGCCAUUUGACUAUUUCAUUAUGCCAACUCUAGUAAAACAGUGUGCCAAGACCGCCAACAAAUUUGUUGGAACUGAGCGAUGCACGACGGUAUGUGACUAACGCAUGCGCUACAAUACUAGCUUGCGAAAAAACAGUGAGUUUGAGCCUUGGCUCAAAAGCCUUUUACUCUGUAUGUUUCGUUUUCUGAAAUUUUUCUUGUUGGAAUUUCAACGUAGACAUCUCGACCCGGAUGCUAGUGUGAAGAAUCCUACCGGCUAACACAGGGCCUCUCGAAUGCCCAAUCCUCAUCAGGCCUCGAUUCUUUCUUUUUCCACGAACAUAACGAGUGAAUUGAAUAAAUCCUGUAGUACCUAACCAGACGCCACUUUCUCAGUGAUCAUUUUGCGACAGCCAGGGUCACAUACCUCGGCGUUAUUGAUUCUUUUGGGUUAGUGAGUGCUGACAUGACAUGAUAGGUUUACAGAAUAAUAAACAUGCAAUGAAAAGAGGUAUACUAAACACCCGUUUAUUG